CCCUACCCUACCCUCAGAAAUACAACACUCAUUUCCCCUCCGCGACGUAACGUAAAGAAAAAGACAGAGUGUUGAAGAAAGUAAAGAUGGUAGCUCGUAAGUUCUUGGUCCGCCACCAAAACUCCGCCUUCGACGUCGAUUACGACACCGAAGACGGCCUCGAGGUUUUCAAGUACCAGCUCUUUUCCCUCACUUCGAUUCCUCCCGAAGAGCAGAAGAUUUUGGGGGGCGAAGAUGAUCGGCUCGUGUCGGACGAAUCUGAUCUCAUCGCGGUAUCCGAGAAGCUCCGGUUGGUGGCCGUCGACGAAGAUGGAGAGAACCAAAGAGCAGGAGAAGGAUCAAGUGGUGGCAAUGAUGGAAGAGACGUCGCGGACAUGCUCAAAUCGGAUGAGGAAUUUGCACGACAGUUGCAGGCCGAGGAGGAGGCGCUUAUGGUGCAGCAGUAUGUUUUGGAGGAACAUAGUGGACAGUUUGAGCAGAGGAUAAGGCCUUAUAUCAAUCAAGUUCUCAUGUACGAAGAUCCAGUGCGCCAGGAGGCAGCUAGGAAGACUGUUCCUAUCGAAGAGCUUGAGGAGAAGGCAUUGGUUUCUUUGGCUAAAGAGGGGAACUUUGAACCGUCAAAGAUUGAACAGGAUCAUGCUUUUCUACUGCAGCUGCUUUUCUGGUUCAAAAAAUCCUUCCGGUGGGUUCAUGCACCUUCGUGUGAGGGUUGUGACAACGAAACUGUAAGUCAAGGUAUGGGUGCUGCAAUACCCUCAGAAAUCCAAUAUGGAGCAACUAGAGUUGAACUUUACAGCUGUAAGUAUUGUUCAAGAAUCACUCGGUUUCCACGCUACAAUGACCCAUUAAAGCUCGUGGAAACUAGAAGGGGCCGCUGUGGAGAGUGGGCUAAUUGCUUUACCCUUUAUUGUCGAGCUUUUAACUAUGAAUCCCGUCUGAUCCUGGAUUUUACUGAUCACGUAUGGACAGAGUGCUUCUCAGAAUAUCUGGGAAGAUGGAUGCAUCUUGAUCCUUGUGAGAGUGUAUAUGACAAACCACUACUGUAUGAAAAAGGGUGGAAUAAGAAGUUAAAUUAUGUAAUUGCUAUUGCCAAAGAUGGAGUUUAUGACGUCACUAAGCGUUAUACAAGAAAGUGGCCCGAGGUCUUGUCUCGGCGAAACAUUACUACAGAGUAUGCACUAUCUGCUGCUCUUGCUAACAUGACAAAAGAAUGCCGAAAGACCUUGGUGCCUCAUGUGCUUUCCUUACUUGAAGCACGUGACAUUAGUGAAAGCAAAGCACUGGAGAAAGAUCCGAAUUCUCAAGAUGAUGCUUCAAUCUUGUUACCUGGAAGACAAAGUGGAGAUAAGGAAUGGCGCAUUUCAAGAUCUGAAACUUCACCUGAUGAUAUGGGCUCGUUGACUUGCUCUUCAUGCCCUGUUCGUAUAUGCACAGAUGAGCAUGUGAAGAGAAUUUACAACGCAUGGUCUCCUGUUCUUUGUCAGUUUGUCGAGAAUAAUUUUUCCAAGUCUAGAGCUGUUGAAGUACUUCAGACUUUUAAAAGAAGUUUGCUGGAUCUUUGGAAUUUGCCUUAUAAAAAUAGGAGAGCUUCCAUAAAUUGUUCGAAUGAUUCACAAUUAAGUUUGGAGCAAUUGCUGCCCUCUUUUGAUGAGCUACUUGAUUCUCUUUCUCUGAAGAGUGAGCUGGCAAAUCAGAUGGUGGACAUACGUUUGGCCGGUGACCCUGUGAAAACCUCUUUAGCAUUGCCUGUGGCGUUGGAUUCUUUAGAAGAAAUAAUACAAAAUCUUAAUGAAUGUGACAACUUUGACAAGACUUCCCUUAGCUUGCCUCUUGUGAAGUUAAACAGAAUCCAUUCUGGUUCAGUGCUUGCAAGUGGUGAAGAGCUUCCUUUUGGAAUUGCCACAGCUGCAUUUGAUGGAACCUGCAGUUCAAAAUGGGAAGAACCUGAUGGUGCUAGAGGUUGUUGGAUUAUGUAUAAACUAUUGGGCAACCAGAUGCUUGAGUUAGUGGCUUAUGAGUUGAUGUCAGCCAAUGAUGCUCCUGAACGGGAUCCAAUGGACUGGGUUGUUGAGGGGAGUGAUGAUGGGGGAUCCAGCUGGCGUAUUUUAGAUAAACAGACUUCUCAGCUGUUUGAAAAUCGUUUCCAGAGAAGAACAUUCAAGGUUGGAUCGUUAGCCGUCCAAUCAAAUGCUUUCAGAUUUAGAUUUUUGGCCGUUCGAGAUGUUCACUCAACUUCGCGGCUGCAACUAGGUAGCAUUGACUUGUAUGCAAAAGGUACCUUAGAGUAACCGGAAUCAACAACAAAUUCAGCACUGAUGAUAGGGUCUGAACUCAGGCCUGAGAUUUGAAUGUUGAUGACCAUUCCAAUUAAACCCAACUGUUGGUCACUCUCACAUCUCAGCGACCAAAUUCCAGUAUUAUAUGUCAAAGGUGUCCGCAUAGUAUCCUUGAUUUUCCCAUUAAUCCCAAUAUUCCAUAUUGUAUGGAGCACGCAAGGAAGAAAUUAAUUUAUAGUGUAUGACGGCCCUUGUUUUACUUGGGCGAAGAUGAGACUUGAAUUUUACAUUUACUGAAAAUUGCAAGUGAAAUUAGGGAUAAGUAUCGUAAUGACCGUUGUACUUUUAAAAAAAUUAAUAUAGUCUUUGUACUUUGUUUUCGCUUAAACGAGUCUCUUGUACUCUUUUUCGCUACGAGGACACUGACGGACUUGGCGUGAUUGUUUAAUCUAUGAUAUAUACGUGGCAUUGACCAAUAA